AUGCCCGACCUUGACCUUGACCGGCGAACGACUGAUCGUUGUGUCACCAGUCGUGCUUGUUGCUUACAUGCUACGGCUGCUCAACAGCAAAAUAUUGACAUUAUACAGACGUUCGUUCCAUACUUCCAGCAGUCUCACGAUGCCACUGUGUAGAUUAGAAACCAAUCUGUCCAAUGAACAGAUUCCAGAGGACUUCCCCAUUAAACUGACCGAGAUGCUUUCAAAGUUAAUGGACAAGCCGAAAAAUCGAAUUCUUGUCGUAAUGCAGCCUAAUAUGACAAUUUACCACGACUGCAAGCAACUCCCGUUUGCCAUACUUAACAUCAAAUCGGUGGCAAGGUUCAACCCAGAAAACAAUAAAAAGUACUUUCCAGAAAUUGUUAAGUUUCUUCUCGCUGAACUCAAGGUUGAGCCAGAAAAACUUGAGAUCCUGUUGGAAGACAUCUCCCCAGACUUUGUAGGCACUGGGGAAGGACUGCUGUCUCAAACCAUGUAACUCGUGAAGACAACAUUCUGUAGUGAUAUUUAAAAUGAUGGACUAAACAUCAAAAAAGUAUGCAAUUUCCAUUUGUCUUUUGGGCUGUUGGCGGCAUUAUAAAAUAAGUUGAUUUUUUUAGGCUUGAAAUUGCAUUUGAAGAUGAAAAUCCUGAUUUUGUUGGCAGUGGUAAAGGACUGUUGUCAGAGUUGAUAUAACCCAUCAAGUUAACAGAGGGAGGUCUUGGAUGAAGAAAACACAAGUUUCUUCGCUAAUUGGUGUUCAGUUUUUAGUUAAGUUUUCAUUAAUGAUAGAUCACGUAUUUGAUUAACUUGUUGACUGUAUGUCUGUUCUCUCAGACAGACUUGGUCACAAUCGAAUUACCUGUUUAGGUAAAGAGGUAAUUACAUCAAUCUUUAUGAUGACCUGUUAAUCCCUCUUAAAACCUUUAAGUACAAGUGUUUCUUGUCACUAAAUUUUGACAAGUGAAAAGUCACAUCACUGAUACUCUGGACUAUGCAUUUUUCAUGCAGUAUAAGUUUUUAACAAUACAAUUCCUUAACAGCUAUAUGUGAUUGAUUGUCAUGUAGUUCACUUUGAACUGAACUUUAGUUGUGCAAUGAUGCUAUCUGGACCAAUGUUACCACAUUUGGUGUUGACAUUAGAAUGAUGUUUGUUCUUCACCUCAUUAUUAAACUGUUAUUCAUCUAACAGAUCAAUUUCUUAUGCACAAAAAGUUAAAAUUUAUUAAAAAGCAACAUUUAUUUUUAUAUAUAUCAUAUGCAUCUGUACAUGGAAGUAAAUAA